CGUCCAAAAGAAAUCGCGUUCUAGAGUUGUGCAAAAUAUAAUAUCUCCAGCAUUAUGGCAAACGUCGCUUUGAUUGGAUGUACAGGUAUGGUGGGGGCUCAUAUACUCACUAGCCUUAUCGCAAACCCUGCUGUUACGCGGAUUGAUACGAUCUCUCGCCGUACUCCUCAAGCCGCGUCUUCCGCGCCACAAGCAAAACUCACCACCAUCGUAUCAACCGAUACUUCCAAGUGGGCUAGCGAGCUCUCUUCCCUAACCCCAAUCCCGUCUAUUUUUAUUUCGGCUCUUGGAACCACUAGGGCUGCCGCUGGAAGCUUUGAGAACCAGUAUAAGCUCGACCAUGACCUGAAUUUGGAGAUGGCCAAAGCGGCCCGUGAUGCGGGGACCAAAGUAUACGUUUUGAUUUCGUCUAGCGGCGCGGACGUCAAGUCCAAUUUUGCAUAUACGAGGAUGAAGGGAGAGAUUGAAGAAGGAGUGAAAGCUUUAGGAUUCGAGAGAACGGUGAUUUUGCGGCCGGGAUUGAUCGCUGGUCAGAGAGAGGAAAGUCGGCCGGCCGAGGCUGUCGCUCGAUUCUUUGCAGGGGCUCUUGGUAAAGUGCACUCUAGCUUGAAGGAUGGAUGGGCUCAGGAAUCCGACGUUAUCGGCAAGGCUGCGGUCAAUGCUGGGCUAAAGGCACUAAAUGGCGAAGUUCCAGCGGGCAGUGAAAAGGUCUGGUAUUUGUAUGGCAGUGAUAUUAUUCAACAUGGGAAAGAAUAAUUCGGCUCUACCUUGACAACUCUUGUUUGAGAGGCACA